CGGAGGCGGGCCGGGCCGGGCAGGCCCCUCCCAGCGCCGGGCCCACGGCCUUCGCCCGGGCUGCCGCUCCGCCGGGCCGCCUCUGGCCGGCCAGGGUCCCCUGCACCGGCCUCGGCUCUGCGCCGUGAUGCAACAGCUGCUGCUCAUACCGAGCUGCCUUGGUGUUUUGGUUUGAUUUGCUAAUCAUCAUGCUAUAAACAGUGAUUCACACUGUGGUGCAAGAAGCCUUUGGGAUGGAAAUUCUACGAUGCAGACGAUUAUCAUCCUCUAGAGAAUAAGAAGAAAAUGGCAGAAGGGAUACCACUAAAUGAUGAGGACAGGAUUCCUUGGCUUUGCACAUUGCAUGACAUACUAAGGAGAGAAGACACAUCUAGACAAGAUACAAUUCUGGCCUGUUCUGCACUGAAGAAGAUGUACAGGCGUGUGUUAAUUGGUGGAGCAUCUGCAAUUGAAAGCAAGCAGCCAGACCAACCAGGAGAAAAGCCAGCACUGAAGAUCCUCUUUGUUCAUUUGGAUGGACCUAUGGACAUCAUUGCUGGACGCCUGGAGAAGCGGAGAGGUCAUUUUAUGCCACUUGAACUUCUCAAGUCUCAGUUUGAUACUCUAGAGCCACCUAGUGCACCAGAAAACUUCAUUACUGUCAGUCUAGAAAAAUCUCUCCCGGAAAUAGUGCUAGAGAUUAAGCGUGCCAUUCUUCAGAAUGAGGCUUUGCCGGAGUAAUUUCCUGAAUUGACACAUAAAGAAAUUCACUGAAAGAUAGCAAGGCCAUGAGACAGGAUUUUGAUUAUUAAAAUGAUUAAUAAUCAAGCCCAUUGAUUUUUAAGAGCUGGUUUACUAAUCAGAUUUUUUAUCAUGGCCCUGUAAAAGACCUAUGUGAUUUUCAGGAACUGUUAACUUUUUAAGCCCUUCACUCUCUGAAGUUAAAAUUCUCAUUUUAAUAAGCCUGCUUUUGAAAAUCCUGGCAAGGGUCCCACAGAAUAUUUUAUUUUCUUAAUUUUAAUAUUUACUCUGUCAGAUACUGAGAUGUGCACAUUUGCUAUUACAAGAUCAAAUAAUUUACAGCUUUGUUAAAAAUAACACUAUUUUCCUACAAGAGGCAGGAACAUGCACGAUUGUUCGAGUGUGAAAAACAGAGGCCUGAGUUCCUCAGAGAAAGAUCAAAAUCCAGGGUUUGAAUUAAAGCCUUUAGAGAAAUUAAAAUAUAUUAAGCCACACAGGCAUAAAAUAGAGCUGUAAGCUUAAGUAAGUAAGUUUAAGUAAGAAUAUGUUUUAAGUGCCUUAAAGAGCAAAAGCAUUAGAAUCUGGUGUAAAAAACAAGCUUCAAAA